AUGCCUUAUGCUUUAGGAUACACCACUUCUUCUAGUGGUGGUCAUCGUAGCUACAAAAUCCUGAGGCGUUAUUAUAGUCAAAACGACAAGAAAGUAGUGUUGGGUGAGAUCUAUGAGUUUACCUCUGAUUCGUGGAGGGUUCUUGAUGCCUCCUUUCCUCUUCUUGGCUACUCCGUGAAUCGCAACGGCGUGUGUUUGAAAGGAGACGCUUACUUUGUUGCUCCUCGAGAUAAAGUAAAUGAUGCUUUUCUUGAUCACAAAGUUCGAUUUCACUACCGAGACGCUCCUGUUAGAGAUGAAAAAAUCGCCUUGUUACAUGUUCUUAACACGGAAGGGUCGAUGAGGAUAUUGGUGACCAAUAAGAUUGACGAUGAUGAUGAAGCCAAAGACCUGUCGUGGAGGAGCGACCCGGUCCUGGGAAGCGAUUUAAAUGAACAUAACAUGUAUUUUGAAAGCUUCUUGUUCGACGAAGAGAAUAAAGUGGCGGUACUGUCUUGUGUAGCAGAGUUGCGUCAUAAAUUUGUGACCAGAAUCUACAUUUCUGACGAGUAUAUGGAGAAACAAGUUUAUGAAGCUAAGAUAUCUACUUUCGAUUGGCCACGUAUCAUCACUUAUGCUCCAAGCUUGGUUCGCAUUCAGAAAAGUACACCUAACAAGAGGCAUAAGAAACAGAGGCUGUGUUAUAGCCCUUAA